AUGAAAGUUUGAAGCAUUCUCUCCGUCCUCUAUUCGAAUCCAACCACCCCCGCCCCAAUCCAGAUAGAUUCUGAUUCAGAGAAACAAGGCUAAAGAAUAGUGUAAUGGCGGAGCAUCUGGCUUCGAUAUUUGGGACAGAGAAGGACCGUGUGAACUGCCCCUUCUACUUCAAGAUCGGAGCUUGUAGGCAUGGAGACCGCUGCUCCCGCCUCCAUACCAAGCCCAGCAUCAGCCCCACUCUUCUCCUCUCUAAUAUGUACCAGCGCCCCGACAUGAUCACCCCCGGCGUUGAUGCCCAGGGCCACCCCAUCGACCCCCGCACCAUACAAAGGCAUUUCGAGGAAUUCUACGAAGAUCUGUUUGAGGAGCUAGGAAAGUACGGAGAAAUUGAGAGCCUCAAUGUUUGCGAUAACCUUGCUGAUCACAUGGUUGGUAAUGUCUACGUUCAGUUCAGAGAGGAGGAACAUGCUGCCAAUGCUCUCCGGAAUCUUACCGGAAGAUUUUAUGCUGGCCGUCCCAUCAUUGUCGACUUUUCUCCGGUGACAGACUUCCGUGAAGCCACCUGUAGGCAGUAUGAGGAGAACACAUGCAACCGUGGUGGAUACUGUAAUUUUAUGCACUUGAAAAGGAUUAGCAGGGAGUUGAGGCGUCAAUUGUUUGGGAGGUACCGACGAAGGCACAGUCGCAGUCGAAGCCCCUAUAGGCAUCGUAGCUAUGAAGAGCGCUCUCACGGAAGCCAUGGUUCAGGAAGAAAGUAUGAUGAAAGGGACCGUUAUUAUGAAAGUCGGAGCAGGAGGCAUAGGAGCGAUAGCCCUGGCCAUAAGAGAGAACGAAGCAGAAGUAGGAGCCCUGGGGGAAGGAGGAACCACAGUCCAGUUAGGGAAGGCAGUGAGGAGAGACGUGCCAAAAUUGAGCAGUGGAACCGGGAAAGGGAACAACAGCAAGACAAUUCUAGUAAGGUUGACAAUUAUGGAAAUAAUGAUGGCAGUUACAAUAGACAUAUGCAGAAUGGAGAUCAGUACGAUGACUACCAGCAGCAGCGGAGUCCACUACAAGAAGGAUAUAAUUACUGAUCUUUUUAUCUGAAUCUGGUGUGUUUCCUCUCUUUUUGUGAUUUUGAUAGUGUUUACUUCAUUAGGAGCUGUUAGAAAAAUGCGACAUAUUAUGCCCUCAUCCCACUUUUAUUCCACUACAAUGAGGUGAAAUUGCCCACUUUAAAAAAAUAAGAGAUGAUCCAAGGGUGAUGUAAAGUACUAAAUUGUAGGGCGAAAUAUGCUUGCCUUAUCCAUGUUAUAAAGGCCAUUUUUAAAGUGGGAUAAGAGUGGGACAGGUGUGUAGUAUAUAGUAUUACUCUGCAAAGACCAAUAAUUAUAUUAAAACAGCUUAUAAUCCAUAUUUCACUGUGCAGUUGGUGUGCAGAUUCACAGUUCUGGUAUGGAAUGUAAAUUUUUUUUCCCUUUGCCUUUUCAUCUUCGUGCAUACUCCUCAACUGUUAGCUUCAUGGAUGCUUUGCGGCAGGAUAGGCUUCUAAGAACUAUCGUCUAACUUUUUUACCAAUGUCUUUGCCUUGAUUAUAUCCAGAUUGAUAAAGAAACCUUUGAACAAUUCCAUCCUUUACGUUUUAAAUUAACAAGCAGCAGCCCCCCUUACAAAAAAAAAAAACGUGUUAACUAGCACAAGGUUCAUCAUUUAGAAUUGUAUGAAUAACUGCUUUUCAUCUGAUUUACCUUCUUCAGCUUCCUUUCUGAAGUGCGCCCUGCAAUCAGAUCUGUUAUAGAAACUUCGAUAAUGAUCUGAUAUGAUGUUGAAUUCUUAGUAACAGAGGAUUUACCAAGUCAUUUUUCAGAAGUUGUUGCUUGACCUCUAGUCAAUAGAAAGGACUCCUGCUGUUUAACUGCAUCAGUAGCAUGCAAUCUCUAUGGCUUUUUUUUUUUUUUUUUUUUUUUGUUUUAAAUUUGUGAGUGCACACAAAUGAUUUUACAGUUGGACUCUGAGAAACCACCGCAUGUCAGGGAACGAUCAAAUUUCCAUGGACCUGUUUCUGGUUUAGUUUUCUCCUAAAUCUCUUCUAUCUUAUCAUCCCAUAAUUACAAUUAAUUGGUGAUCUUAUCCAUGUUAUUGAGUUUUGCAGGUUCAGGUAUCCCUGCUUCUCAGGACCAAGCAAUUGUUUUAAUUGCUGCUUACCAUGAAAUUUGUUUACAGGUUGGGCGCAGCGGCAGGGGUAUGUGUUUACAGGAUCUAUCUGGUCUCGGUUUGGUUGAGAAAGAAAGCAGCUGCAACCAAAAUCGUUAGGUUUUAUUUGGUAGUGUGUUAUGGUCACAUUGCAGGUCAAGGAUGGAUGGAUGCAGCGAAAGCAUUUGAUAUUUUUGGGGCCAAUUUGGUGUAAUGGUAUUCUCCAUUUGUAUUAGAUCUGGGUUAACCUUGUUGACAUAAUUAGGAUUUGCAUAAUCUUGUUUUCAGAGUAUCGACACUUCGCGUAAGAUUGUGUUUUGGUUAUUUGACUAUUGAUUUUCUUCAUGGAUCUAGAAACAGUUUCAUCUCA